UACUCACGAGAGUUACUAAUCGGUUCGAAUGAAUCUUCGCUCAACCCUUUUUAUCUUCACAACUCGAUCCGGCUGCCUCUGAACUCGACUGGCUUCUUCGAUCACGGCUAUCUAACACAAGCGGUCUAUAAUACUAACAGUCAAAACUCAGCUCUUGCUCCUGUCCCGGUUCCCGUCUCCACAACAGACAAUAUCACACUUGAUAAGCCCGGCUCUGUCUCUAGGCUGAAGUCCACUAGCCCAAAUACUGCUAUUGGUCUUCUGGGUAACGGGCUUCGAUCGGAGAGCAGCUUGAUUUUGGGCCAGCAAGGAAGUCAUACUGAUGUGCGAAUGAAACGAUUGCCCUGCUGA